CACACACAGUUUAUACACACAGUCCUAGACACAAACAGGGGGUAAGAUAACGCUCUGUGUGUGUCCUGUAGUCUCUGUAUCUAACACAGACACUUCUUUAAGAUUUUUCAGACAAACACCAAAGGAUCCAACUGGAAAUUUUAUUCAGAUCUGAACAGAAGUGAGGCUAUUUUUACAUAACAGAACAGCGGUGCCAGGGCCUGCUACUAAAUGGAGACGGCGAAGACAGCCAUGACCCUGGACGUGUGUCAGGAGCGAAAGACAGCAGAACAGAUGCCUUCUGUGAGGAAUGAGCUUGAGGGAGAGGCUCAGCCAACUCGAGGGGUAGCGUCAGACUCAGGGGACACAGUGGACAUCACAGUGAGUAACCAGGUGCACGUCCACAUCACAGACUCAGUGCAUUCUCUGUUGGUUGAGACAUGUGCUCCCUCCCCUGUACAGACGAUGCCUAAUGUCACAUCUGCUCCGUCUUCACAGGCUUCCAUUCCACCCUCUAUGGAACCAUCGGCUUCCAUUCCACCCACUAUGGAACCAUCGGCUUCCAUUCCACCCUCUAUGGAACCAUCGGCUUCCAUUCCACCCUCUAUGGAACCAUCGGCUUCCAUUCCACCCUCUAUGGAACCAUCGGCUCCAGUGCCCAUGCAAACCUCUGCCUGUGUCCCUGCACAAACCUCAGCUUCACUCACGGAGCAACUGACUCCUCAUCUCCCAUUGCAGUGCUCUCCUUCUCCUUCUCCACCUCCCCUCCACCCAGCAUGCAUGUUUACUCCCAUCCAGGCACAGACUUGUGCUUCUUCACCUGUAAAUACCGUUGGACAGAAACGUGCUCCUCUGCCCUCCCAAACAGAAGCUGUCUCCGAUCAUCUCCAGGCAUCCCCUUCUUUACCCAGGCAGAUGUCUGCUCCUCACCCAACCCAGACAUGGCCCCCUAUGCCCAUGCAGCCUUCUGCUCCUCUAGCUGUACACAUAUCUGUGCUCUGCUUUGCGCCUCUGCCCGCACAGACUCCCCCUCCACUCCAGUGGGCAGUGGCGGAGGAGGUAAGCGCUCAUUUCGAGGCGUGCCUGGAGGAGGUGGGUGUCCUGGAGCGCAGGCGGGAUGCGUUGGUGCGCGAGCUGCUGCAGCUGGAGCAGCCCAUGAUGCAGGCGGUGGAGACACUGCAGGCGGAGCUCGUGCAGGCAUAUGGCCACCUCACACGGGCGCAGCUGCAGCUGCUCCGGCUGCAGGAGGAGAUGCAACAGGUGAAGAGGAAGCUGUUCAGCGCGACCAGGCACAGCAUCCAGAGCGAGGUGGAGCUGUCCGCACUCCACUACGAGGUGGCGCAGUCUGUCAUAAUGCAGGAGGAGCUUCAGUCCGAUGUCUUGGAUCAUUUACAAGAGGUGGCCCAGCUUCGGGAGGACCACAAAAAGCAAAUGGACAGUGUGCAAAACAACCUAAGGAGACGCAGACGCCCUCGUACCAUGAGUGACCUCUCUCACUGCCGACGCUUCUCUAAUGACUUCAGUCGCUACACACGUGGCAAUAUGAAGACGCUGGAGGACUGGUAUGAGCCCCGUCUGCUGGCUCUGUUAAGACACAGACAGUGCACUGAGGAGGUGCUGAGAAGGAGCAAGGGGCUCACAGAGGAGCUGAAGACUCGUCUCCUACCCCUACAGGAAGAGACACACAAGCUCACACUGCAAAGACACUGCCUGGAGCAUAAAAUCGCACUGAUGGAGCGGGACAGGGAGGAGAGUGUCACAUGGUACAAGGAGAGCGUCUCCUGUCUGGAGGAGAGUAUGAGGGAACUGAAGACUGAGGUCCAGAUGCAGAGGAGGGCCAAUACAGAGCUGAAGCAGCUCAAGAACAGCCUUCUACUGGAGCUUCAGUCUUAUGGGUGUAGCAUUAGUGUUGAUGAGAAUACGGACAGAGCCAGUGAUGGAGCAGACGACGUGUGACCAGUCACUACUGGAAGAUCAGUUUACCCAGGUGCCAGUUACUGUCAUGUCAUCAAUGUAUGACAUAAUGUCAACUACAUGAAUAAAAGCCAACUAGGGCCUAACCUGCUGUAUGGUUGUACUGGGGAUGUUUUAACAUGAAUGAAUUGUAAAUAGUUUGUUGUUGAUCACAAAGUCAUAACCUGCCGAGCACUUUGCCAAACAUAUUUUACUGAAAAAGAUUUUAAUCUAAAGGGCUAUAUAAACCUGAUGUAUUAUUAUUAUUAUUAUUAUAUUAUUAAAUGAUGUAUAUUGAAA